UCUAUCUCCCCAAAUUCCAUAAGACCGCUCAGCCCUUCAUUUCUCUCCCUCUCUUCAUCUCCAUAGCUUCAAGGCCCUUGGCUAUUCUUUUCGUCAAGUCCUCCAUGGCCAUGGCUACUCAAGCUUCCCUCUUCACCCCAGCCCUCGCCGCCCCGAAGUCCGGCGUCGACCGCGUGAUUGCACCGUGGAAGCAGUCGGCAUCCUCCCUGGCCUUCGCCGCCACCCCUAAGGCUGCCAAGUCCUCGCCAAGGACUGUCAUUAGGGCUGCUGCUGCGGAGGGCAAGGCCGAGGCCCCGGUCAAGGAGGAGGCACCCGUCGGGUUCACGCCACCCGAGUUGGACCCCAACACCCCGUCCCCGAUCUUCGGCGGCAGCACUGGCGGGCUACUCCGCAAGGCUCAGGUCGAAGAGUUCUACGUGAUCACCUGGGAGUCGCCCAAGGAGCAGAUCUUCGAGAUGCCGACCGGAGGCGCGGCGAUCAUGAGGGAAGGCCCGAACUUGCUCAAGCUAGCUAGGAAGGAGCAGUGCCUGGCGCUCGGGACCCGACUGAGGUCCAAGUACAAGAUCAAGUACCAAUUCUACAGGGUCUUCCCCAACGGCGAAGUUCAGUACCUGCACCCCAAGGACGGCGUCUACCCGGAGAAGGUGAACAAGGGCCGUCAAGGGGUCGGCCAGAACUUCAGGUCGAUCGGGAAGAACGUCAGCCCCAUCGAGGUCAAGUUCACCGGAAAGCAACCGUAUGAUUUGUGAGGCGGAGAAAUAGGUUUUACUUGGGUUCGGAGUACUUGCUUCCUGAUGUAUUUUAUCUGUCAUUUAAUGUGAGCAUCGUGUGAAAUGCUUGUUCCCUUAUUGAUUAUACUUUUUCAAUGUUGAAAGAUCAAAAUAGUAUAUGCUUGGCAAAAGGGAAAUUUAAAAAUCA